CUUUUUUGUUUUGAUUCUCGCUUCCAAAAUUUAUCCUAAUUAAAAGCCUUUCAAUGGAGCCUCUGACAGGAUUUUGCGACUUGUGUGUCUCAAACUUCAAGGAUUUAAAGGAACUCACAUUGAUGUUACGAGAACUCGUUGAAUUGGAAUACAAAAAUGUUGCAAUUGAACAGAUUUACAACGAUGUAACGACAGAUCAGAAAGCGAAGAAGAACGAUCCGAUACCCGAGCCUCUUGACUUGAGCAUUUUCGAGGAAGAGUUCAAAGGAAAACUGAAGAUUUUCAAUCGAAUUUCGGUUAUUUUUGCGGAAAAUUCUGUUUCUCUAACGACUAACAAAUCCCAAAAUUUACGCAAAUACCAUCUCUUUGCUGCCAUUCCAACGACCGAAUCUGCCUUAAUUUACGCAUGUCAAUCGUUAAAUUGUGAUCUCAUCUCCUACAACGCCGACACAAUUCGUGUCAAAAUCGCUCGGAAGCAUUAUUUCGAGGCGUGUAGUCGUAACAUUUACUUCGAGAUCAAGUACGCUCCGUGCAUUGUUGACGCAGAAGUUCGCAAAUCGACUAUUACCAAAGCUCACAAGUACCAUGCCUUGGGAAAAUCGCGAAAUAUCAUCAUGUCGAGCGGAGCAAAGGAACAAUUCGAGCUGAGAAGCCCGUAUGACGUCGCUUAUUUGGGUUGGAUUUUCAAUUUGAGCGAAGAACAGUCAAAAGAUGCCAUUUGCGGAAAGAGUCGACGCCUUUUAUUACGAGCUGAGACACGAAGAAGCGGAUCUUGUAUCGUUCAUGUGCGAAAACUCAAGGAAUUGGGCGUCAGUAAGGAAGAAGAUAUCUCCGAUACGGAAGAUGAGGAAGAAAAAAUGAGCGUUUCUGAAGCCGAAUCAGGUGAAAGUGCGAGUAAAAAACAAAAAAUAAACUAAAAUUUUAUUUUUUUUGAAAAUU